UUGGGUGUUCCUUAUUUUGGGAAGUGCUUUAAAUGUAUCUGCCAGAGGCGUGGGCUGCUAAAGCCAGAGACCGACUGCCACAAUGCUGAGCUCUGGGCUUCCUCCCCUUCUCCUAUUGCUCACAGCUGUGGAACUGAGCUGGUCCCUUACAGAUGAUGACAAGAGGUUGAUCGUGGAGAUGCACAACCACUACCGCUCCCAGGUCUCCCCUCAUGCUGCAGACAUGCUGAAAAUGAGCUGGGCACCUGACCUGGAAGCCUUUGCCAAAGCCUAUGCAGCGAAGUGCAUCUGGGGCCACAACAAGGAGCGGGGCCGGCGGGGUGAGAACCUCUUUGCCAUUACCGAUGAGAUGGAUGUGGAGGUGGCCUUGGAGCAGUGGUACGACGAGCACAAGCACUACAACCUGACCACGUCCAAAUGCACCGUAGGACAGAUGUGUGGCCAUUACACCCAGGUGGUCUGGGCAAACAGCGAACACGUUGGCUGUGGGAUGCAAUUCUGCAAAACCCUGCAUGGUGUCGAGGAACCUGAUCUCUACCUGCUGGUCUGCAACUACGAUCCCCCCGGCAAUGUGAGGGGUCGCAAGCCGUACAAGGAAGGACCUCCGUGCUCCAAGUGCCCCGAGGGCUAUACGUGUAGGAAUUCAAUCUGUGAACCCAGUGUAGACUCAGAAGAGGUCUCUACAUCCUCUAGGACAACAAGGCCAAACCUCAUCACUAGGCCAGCUCUCACCACAGCUACUAUGAGCCCGACCACUACCGCUACCAUAACGUCACCACCCACCACCGUGAAAAAAAGGCUGGCACCCACCACCACCAGGAGGCCUGCACCCACUACCACAAGCCCCACCACCACCACUACUCUAGGGCCAGCACCCACCACCACCACCGCCACAACAAGGCCGAACCCCACCACGACCACAAGGCUGCCACUCACCACAAACCCGCCACCUAUCCGAACAGCUAGGCCCAACCCCACCACGACCACUGGGCCAACAUCCUCCUUAGAGCCCACCUCAGACCUGGACCUUAAAACAUCUCCAGAAAUGCAAGUGGACUCUGAGGAGACUGGUGCCCCAUUGGUGACCUUAGAGGCUGUGCUCUUUCUGGACCUGGAGUCAACCCUCAGCCCGACUGCCUCUCCAGAAAUGGAGGGAGACUUGAAGGAGUCUGAUACAGCCUCCGUGAGAGCUGAGCCAGCCCUCUCCUCAGAGCCACCUCCAUCCUUCAGCCUUACAACUCUAGAAACCAAUCUCAGCUUGGAAGAUACCAAGCAGCCCCCACCUGCUCUAAAGCCAGCACCUGCCACUGCUAAGGAGAUCUCCCUCCUGCACUUAUUACCACCUUCCAAGGCCGCAGGGGGGCACAGCCUCACUAUCCAGUCCUCCCUGUCAGGUGCCAGAGAGACCGAAGAGCUGAUGACGGGCCCCACAAAGAAAGACUUGGACCAGCAAAAUGGUUCAGCCACCAGCAACCUUCUGGAGUUCUCUCUCUUCCUAGUGGCCGCUCCCCUGCUGACAGGCCUUCUGCUCUGAAGGGUCUACCUCGACCCUCUGUGCUCCUAUCCUCAAAUUCUCCUCCAGUACUGAUUGUCCUGCUGCCCUGCUAGGCGUGGGGCAUAUCAGUC